AUGCCACAUACCCGCCGUAUCUUCGCCUGGGGCUCCCAGCUCUUUAUGUGCGGCUCGGCAGGCCUGACCCUCACUUUGACGGCUUCUGCUUUGAGUUACCUGGAUAUACACAAACCUGGACGCUCGGAAUCGAUUCGUAGCCAUCACCAGUCGCCAAGAAAGCCAAUGAUGUUUGUGCGAGAUGCAGAUGAUUUUGCUAGAAAAUGGAAGAAAUUCUCCACCGAUCGACUGGACAAACUCGUGGUUAUUGCGGACUUUGACUAUACUCUUACUCCUGCCUACAAAAAAACGUCGGAUGACCAGGCUCUUAGUACGCAUCGUAUUUUGAUGGAGAGCGAGGCAAUGGGUCCCCAGGCGGAGACAAUUGCGCGCAAGAUUUUCGAGAAAUAUUAUCCGAUUGAGCAGUCUGCUACGCUAACAAGAAAAGAAAAACUUCCUUUCAUGAUCCAAUGGUGGACAGAAACACACGAGCUCAUAGUGAAGCAUGGUGUGUCGAAGAAGGCUGUUUGUAAGGCAGUGGAGGAGAGCGACAUAUCGUUUCGGGAAGGUUUCAUGGAGAUUUUUGAGUUGUUGGCGCGAGAGAAUGUGCCAGUGCUUAUUUUCUCCGCGGGUCUUUACGACGUAAUUCAUGCCGUGCUGAACAAGGAGUACGCCAAGACUAUAGCGAAGAUGCCUCCAAAAAACGUGCACGUUAUUUCCAAUAUGAUGCGGUUUGACGAAAACGACAAGGUUGUGGGCUUUGAUGGAACGCUUAUUCACAGCUUGAACAAGAAUGCAAGUGCACUGAUCGAGACAGAUUUCUGGAAGCAGUGUCAACUGGAGAAACGCCACAACAUUUUGCUGUUGGGAGAUUCGCUAGGCGAUUCCAAUAUGGCCAAUGGAUUGGAUUUCAAGGAGGACGAGAUUGUGCGCAUUGGCUUCUUGAACGAUGGUAUAGAGCAAAAACUAGACAUGUACUUGCAACGCUUCGAUGUUGUGCUUACGAAUGACUCGAGUUUAUUGCCUGUCGAGCUACUGUUGCAUCAAAUCUAG